AAUGCUAAAGUAACUGAAUCAAAAUCAAUCAACAGUUUUAAGUAGAAUAUUAAUUCUAAAAUAUGUAUAAGCAUCAUAUAUUGCAAUAAUAAAAAAUUUAACUAAACAAGGGUCUGGCCAGAAGAAAUGUAGGUCCUUUUAAGGACCCUUCACAAAAAUCUAAUUAGUUAAAAGGGACCCUUCACAAAAUUUUGAUUGACCAAAUCGGACCUUUCAUGGACUCUUACUUUAAUAAAUUAGUACGAAAACCAGAAAUCUACUCUAUAUUGACGGAUAACUUUUGGUUUACAUUUUGAAAAUCCACAGAAAAAAAAAAAAUAAUUCUCAAAAAUAGGACCCUGUAAGUCCUGGACAGACCUCUGCUAAUAUAACAGGGUGCUACAAAGCAUUUUCUUUUUUAAUUUUGCAUGAUAUUGUAUACAUGACCUGUGACUUUUACAGGGCACAUGUAUGUAUUUGUAUAUAAUCAUAUGAGUAUAGUAGUUAACAUCCAAUAUAAUGACCAACAUCAAUUUGAGUUAUGUUAUAUUUUAUUUUUAUGACAUUAAAUUAUAUUUCACAAAUUAUAGUGAAUAUGAUGACAACCGCAUGAAAAUACCAUUAGUUCAUAAAUUUUGACAAGUGUAUAUUUAAAUAUGUAAAGGAAUAUUACUUUUAGGUCCCUUUAACAUAAUAAUGUAAGAAAAUAAACAGUGAUUUGAGGCUGCAUUUACUAUUAAUUUGCUGAUUGAAAAUAUUGGAUUUUUCGAAAAUAUAUUUUUGAGCCUUCUCGUUAAGCUCUAGUAGAAUGCCUGUUUUUUUUUCUUCGAAGGUUGGCAAGUAUGAAGAUGUUAUCUUUUAAAUGAAGACAUUUUUCUAACACUUUCCUGUAUUUUUCUUUCUUUUUUUUCUGUAUUGUAAAUGUACUUAGCUAUGGAUUUAAAAAAACCAUAUAAACAGUACAUGGUGGCAGAAUUUGAAGACGGGUUAGAAGUUGUGCCUACUAAAUGGAGGACAUCAAAAAACCACUGCCUUUUCCCAAACACUACAUCUGCAAAUCGGAUGACUAAAGCAGCGAAAAAUUUGGAAGACCCCAAAGAAUCAUGGGCGACAUAUAGAAUGAAGAAGAUAUAUGCAUAUUCCAAUUCUUAUGCAGGAGCACUUCGAAAGAUGGAAGUUGGGUGCUACCAAUCAGAUGGCUUUUCCAGCACAGAGAAUGAAAAUGGAAGGGAUGAGACUGAUUAUGAAGAAGUGGACGAAAUAAAAAAUUACCCCCAGGUCCCCAGCUUGCGUGGAGAGGAAGAUAGCGUACCAGAAAAUUUAACAGAAGAGUCUUUUCGACAACAGCUUGACCAGCCAGAACCUGUAGCAGCUGAGAAAAGUGUUACUGCCACAGAGCUGAAGGAAAUUCUUCGCUGUACCACAAUCAACAAGUUCAAAAUAGACACAGUGCAAGACAGACAGCUGGAAAUCCUCACAAAAUUGGAUUUGAUCCUCAAUAAAAUAGGAGAGCAGGGCAAGGAAAAUGUUCCAGUUCCCGCUGCUCCAGACCUACCCUGCUUUCCUAUUUCAUCAGAAGAGGAUGUUCUGAUCUUGGAAGAAAAAUUGAGUGAGGAGGAAGUUCGAAAGCACAUGAUCAGAGAGCUGCAGAAGUUUGGGGGUGCCCACCUGGCAGAAGUGGUUAGGAGAAUGUUGGUCUACCUUCUGACGGAUGAAGUGGCAGAGAAGUACAGCUUCAUGGGCCUAAAAGGAAAAAUGCAGUUUUCCUCUCUAAAACUGUGCAGCCUGAUUAAUGAUGUAGCUAGAAUUCACGUAAAGACCGCCACAAAUAAGGAAAUUAGCAAGCCCAUUGCUGCCUGGCUCAGGCAUGCGAAGGAACGGCUUAACAAAAAAAAAACUCAACUGUAAUUUGAUGUAUUUUUUUUCUUUUUUGUAAAUAAAGAUUGAUGUUUGUUUGAAUUUGGUUUCUUUUUGUUUGAUAAAAUAAUACUGAAUUGUUUUAUAAUAAAUGAAUAUUGAAACUAAUUAAAAGGUUAAAAAAUAUACAACUUUGUGCAGUUUAGUUGGAAGAUUAGAUUUAUAUGACAAUAUGAACUAGAUUUUUGUGCCACUAAGAUAAUUUCCAGUGAAGAAGACAACUAUGUUAUGCAUAUAGCUAAUGAAUGCAUAUACAAAUAGCACUAAUGGUAAACUGCUUAAAAAGCAAAUUAUUCU